CCGCUCGGCUACAUUGUAGCGCGCUGCUUCCGCCGCGGCCGAGCCGGGCCGGGCCGAGCCGAGCCGAGCCAUGGGGCAGAUCGAGUGGGCCAUGUGGGCUAACGAGCAGGCGCUGGCGGCCGGGCUCAUCAUGCUGACCGGCGGGAUCGUGGCCGUGGCGGGGCAGUUCAAGGGCUGGUAUUACGCGGCGUACGGCAUCGCGGCAGGCGUCUUCGUCUGCCUGCUCGAAUACCCCAGGAGCAAGCGGAAAAAGGGCUCCACCAUGGAGAGGUGCGGCCAGAAGUACAUGACAGCUGUGGUGAAGGUGUUCGGGCCCCUCACGAGGAAUUACUACGUCCGGGCCGUCCUGCACGCCGCGCUGGCCGUCCCCGCCGGCUUCCUCCUCUCCACCAUCCUGGGCACCGUCUGCCUGGGCAUCGCGAGCGGCAUCUACUUGCUGGCGGCGGUGCGCGGGGAGGAGUGGCGGCCCAUCGAGCACAAGCCCCAGGAGCGGCUGCACGUGGGCGACACCAUCAAGCAGCCGCCCACGAACCCGCCGCCCCGGCCCCCCGCCGACGCGCGCAAGAAGCUGCCGGCGGAAGCGGGGAGCCAGGUGAACCCCAUCCCCGUCGAGGCCGAGUGAGGCCGCGCCGGCUGCGCCGCUCCCCUGCCUCCAAGGCUGUCGGGGUGCCCCCAGCACCCCUGAGCCCCCCGAGAGCGCCCUGCUCCCCUGGGGUCCCCAAGCUCGCCAGGGGCGGCAGCCCUGGGGGCCGGGUGGGCCGGGCCGGGGGGAGCACGCAGCUCUGCUCGCUGCACUGCCUCUCGUGGUUUUUUAUCGCCUCCUUUUGUGGUUGCUGUUGCAAUAAAACGAAUGAACUCCC